AUAGCUUCCCGGGGUGGUGCCUGUGGCUCAGUGAGUAGGGCGCCAGCCCCGUAUGCCAAGUGUGGCGGGUUCGGACCCAGCCCCGGCCAAACUGCAACAGAAAAAUAGCUGGGCGUUGUGGCUGGCGCCUGUAGUCCCAGCUGCUCAGGAGGCUGAGGCAAGAGAAUCGCGUAAACCCAAGAGUUAGAGGUUGCUGUGAGCCAUGUGACGCCACGGCACUCUACCUGAGGGCGGUACAGUGAGACUCUGUCUCUACAAAAAAAAAAAAAUAAAGCUUCCUGGCUCGGCACCCAUAGCUCAGUGAGUAGAGUGCCAGCCACAUAUACUGAGGGUGGCGCGUCCAAGCCUGGCCUGGCCCUGCUAAACAACGACAACUGCAACCAAAAACUAGCCAGGCGUUGAGGCAGGCACCUAUAGUCCCAGCUACUUGGGAGGCUGAGGCAAGAGAAUCGCUUAAGCUCAAGAGUUUCAGGUUGCUGUGAGCUGUGAUGCCAAGACACUCUACUAAGGGCAACAUAGUGAGACUCCGUCUCAAAAAAAAAAAAAAAGAAUAUAGCUUGAAUAUAGCUUCUUAGGCCCUGUCCAGAGUCAUGAUUCUGGGAUUGGGGGAUGAGUCCAGGCCUGUGCAUGAGCCUUGGUCAUUUCUGGCCCAGGUGGGCCCAACACACUAGAGGUGCCAGCUGUGGAGCCCCAUGAUGUUGGGUCCUUGCUGCAGCUUCCUAGCAUCUCCCCACUUCACCCCAAGGAGGUGGCACUUCUGUUGUGGGUAGGGGUUCUUGGGAGCAGGUCAUCAACUCAUUUUUUUAUAGGGGUUGGGGGUGGCCUUGCCCUUCAUGUGCCUGAGUCUAUCCACUCCACUAGCUGUGCCUUUCCUGAGCACCAGGAGGGUGCAAGUGGUGCCUGGGCUCUGGCCCUGGAGGUGUUAGAUGCAGCCUCCAUGCCCCAGGCAACUCAUACCUGGUGGGGAUUGUCGGGGAUGCCCCAGUGAGCUUGCCCUGGGGAAGCACAGCUGGGAAGCCCCUCAGCUUCAUCUCCCUUUGUGAUGGAGCCUUUAAAGAUGGAAAUAGCUAAAGGAAAGACAGUGUGACCCAUCAGGAGGGAGAUGCUGCCUGGUGGUACAGGCACAGACCUGCUCCUUCACCUUCACGUCUGUGUUGCAGGGACUGUUUCAAGGCCUUUUACACCCACAAGUUCAGGGCUAUGCUGGGGAAGAACCGGCUCAUCUUCCCGGGUGCUCUUGACGUGGUCAGGAGGGCCUUCAUCAAGCUCCAUGGUCUGGCAGGUACUUGAGGGUCUGAGUCAAGAUUCUGCCAAAAGACUGCGUUUUGUGCCAGGGGUCAUCUUUGUUGAUGAGGGAGCAGCUUGUGGUCAGAGCCCAGAGGAUAGAGCAAAGACCCUGGCCGAGGUGAAGCUGAUCCUGCAGACUGUUGGGUUCCCGUGGUACCUAGUUGCCUUAGAAGAAGUUUUCAGCCUGCCGCCAGCAGUGCUGCGCUGCUCUGCCCAGGAACCAGCAGGGACUGCAGGGGCUUACAAGGCGGCUGUGGGCAGUUUCCUCCAGCAGCAGCAUACACCUGGGACCCAGGGCACUGAGGACAGUUCCAGCCUGGCUCAGCAGCAGGGACAGCUGUGCCAGCCCCCCCCACAGGGCCCCAUGGGCCUCCAGAGCCCAACAGGGUCACCUGUAGCUGCCCAGACUGAGGCUUUGUCCAGACUGUUCCACUCAGUGGAGACGCUGACAGCCAAGGAAGAGCUUCUGCAGACCCUGAGGACCCACCUGAUCCUACAUGUGGCCAGAGCCCACGGCUAUUCGAAGGUGAUGACAGGGGAGAGUUGCACCCGCCUGGCCAUCAAACUCAUGACCAACCUGGCACUGGGGAGAGGGGCCUUCCUGGCCUGGGACACGGGCUUUUCCGAUGAGCGGCAUGGGGACGUGGUGGUGGUGCGGCCCAUGCGGGACCACACCCUGAAGGAGGUUGCCUUCUACAACCGCCUAUUUGCCGUCCCUUCUGUCUUCACGCCAGCCAUUGACACCAAGGCUCCCGAAAAGGCCAGCAUCCACCGGCUGAUGGAAACCUUCCUGCUGCGCCUGCAGACCCAGUUCCCCUCCACCGUCAGCACCGUGUACAGGACAAGUGAGAAGCUGGCCAAGGCGCCCAGGGACAGCCAUGACCCUGCCUGCUCUGGGCCCCGCUGCCUCCUCUGCCUGUGCACACUGGAUGUUGAUGAUGCUGACAGUGCCACGGCCUUUGGGGCUCAGACCUCCUCGCACCUUUCCCAGAUGCAGCCACCCACUGCCCUGGCUGAGGCAGGGAUGCACCCAGGGCCCUGCUGUCCUCCAGAGGUGGGCAGGGCCCAGGGCUGCUGCAGGGGGGCCUGCGAAAGGGGGGACCCCCGAGUCUACGUCCUUGAGCGACUCUGCUAUGGCUGCCGUGUGAAUAUGAAGGACUUGCCUUCCCUGGAUUCCCUGCCACCCUACAUCCUGGCUGAGGCCCAGCUCCGCCGCCAGAGAGCCUUGGUGCUGCAGGAGGUCCAAGAGUAUCUGAUUGUGGACAGUGACGGGGAGGCAGAGACCACAGAGAGCUCAACCUCGAUGUGCAGUGAGGGCAGCCACCCAGCCCCAAGGGAAGGCAAGGACUGAGGGCUGGCCCUGUGAUU